AAAUGAGUUCCCCUGGAAAAAGAAAGAUCUUAGGAAAACCUACAACAGAGAAAGAUGUUGCCAAAGAAAUUAAGAAGGGUCUGAUCGCUGUAUACAUUUACCAUCUUGGAGAGCUUUCUGAGGUUUAUAUGCCUCCAAACUUUCCAGAGGUAGAUGAUGAAGUACUUCGAACCGUCUCUGAUCAUGUUGACAAUCAUUCUAAUAAUUAUGACCAUGGGCCACAGCCAACUGAAAUGAAGAUUUAUUACAUUGAGAAAGAUAAAUCAAGAGACAAUGAGAUGGAAGAUAUUAAAGGAGAUGCCCUUCGGAUCGACUCCAGAACUAUUAAAAAGAAAUUUACAGAAAGCACUAGUUUCAGAUAUGAGCAGUUACUGAGUCUUCCUGCUGGAAAAGUAACUUCAGAGUACCUUGAGCUUGGUGAAGGGGCUGAUGUGCAUACUCAGGUAAUGGCCAUCGAAGAUGACCUAGGUGCUGAUAUGCAAAACCUUCAAGAAGAUGACAUAGAUAAAGUAGCCAAGCUAGAUAUACUCGAGUCUAAAAAUCAAGAAAUCAUUUCAAUUGCUGAAUCUGACAUGAAGAAAAAUGAGGAAGCUCAACAAUACCUUGCAGAUCUACAGGGAGGUAUUGAAGAGAUGAAAGAGCAGGACAAAAAUGAUAUUGACGAGUUGAUUAAUAUCAAAGAGCAGCUUGAUCAGGAUUUAGAAUCUGCAAAGGAAGAUUUUGACUCAUUAAAAAGAGAAAAACCAGAAGGGAUAGUACUACCCGAGCACACUACUGAAAAACAGAAACAUCAAGCUAUCAGACAGUUUCUUCUGAACACUCUCAAUCGCAGAAAUAUUGAAUUUGAACCAAUUCUAAAUGAGAAUCAAGAAUUAAGAGAAAAGGUAUACGAUUUGAGAGAAAGAGUUAAAGAGAAAUACCUCAAUAACAUUACUGGAAAUGAAGAAGAGGUAAAUGAGAUGCUUCUUGAAUAUGAAGAACUUCUCAGCCAACAUGUUGACGACUUUGGCCAAUACGACACUGAAAUGAACGUACAAGUAGAGGAGUUUAAAAAGAAAUGUGAUGAUACUGAUUACGAAAUCGAAGCUCUUAUGGAUAAAGAAAGAGACCUUACCAAUCUCAGAGAUAAUCUUGGAGGUCUUACUCAAAACUACCAGCAUAAAUUAGCAAGCAUAACAGACUUUCAGAAAGACACAAUUGAAAAUUUAAGAGAUGAAAUUGGAAAGCUCGAACAAGAGACUACUAGUUUAAAAUCUCAGAUUGAUGAAAGAGAGACUGAAACUUCAGCAGAAUCCUUAGCAAUACUUACGAAGAAAAAUAUCAAGGAUGAUCCUGCUCUUGAAGGUAUCCUAAAUGACUUCGUAACAGCUCAUAAAGAAAGGAAAAACGUUCAAGACGAUGCUGAGAAUGUUCCUGAAGAAUGGAUGGAAGGUCAUAAAGGUUAUGCUAAGAAUGCCCUCAGCGAGGCAGAGAGUCAGAAAGAGCAGAGUAGUGCUAAUCACAGAAUUAAAGACAUCUUAGACCAAAUUCAUCAAUCUAAUGAGGACAUUGAGAAGCUGUUAGCUGAUCUCCAAAGAAUUGAAAGAGAAAGAGGACUGAAUGAGCAUAGAAACAAUUUACAUCAAGAUAUGAGCGAGGACCUUGCUGAUAUCAGAGCAAGACUUGAAUAUGAAUUAGCUCAGAAAGAGAAGCUUCUAAUAGAAUUAGGUGAAUAUGCUACUGGAGAACUAAGAGAGCAAAUAGAUCUGCUUUUGACCCAAAUUCAAGAACUAAGAGAAUUUUUGAGGGAAAAAUGGAGUCAACAGCAAGCUGAGAUCGAAGAUAUUAGGAUUCAAAUUGAAGCCCAUCGUGUGACCCUUAAGAAGAUCAUCAGUGAAAGCUAUAACCUCAAGGUUCUUAUAAUCGAGGAAGAACAUCACAACGACAUUAAGAGGAAUCUUUUGCGUAAUAGAGAUGAGUAUAUCGAGCGUCUCAGGAUUGCUAUUGGAGAUGCUGAAAAGAGACCGGCAGUUCAAAUUAAGAAAGAGCCACCCAAAGAAGUACGCUAUGUAGCUGCAAAGGGAGAUGAAAUUGAUAUGCUUAUUGCAGAUGCCCUCAAUAACCAAGGUGUUGAUGUUCCAUUGACAAGAUUAGGAGGCGGAUUCUACCUCUUUGGAACAAAGAAAAUAUUUGCUAAGAUCCUCAAUGGAAGGCUCGUUGUCAGAGUUGGAGGAGGAUACAUGGUCAUUGAUGAAUUCUUAGCAACUUACACAGAUUCUGAAAAAAUUAAAAUGAACAAAAUGAUGAAGAACGAAGGCGUUGAAGUUUAUGAGGAACUGAAGGUUUAUAGGAAAUAUAGAGAGGAAAAUCCGAAUGCUUUCAAAUCAUCAGAGCAAUCCACAAUGAUUAAGUCUCUUAGAAAGCCGAAAGCUCAUGAGAGAGGAAACUUCUAA